AUGGAUAUGAGGAUUUCAUCAGCAACGUGCAAUUCCAACGUGUUUAAAUUCAGUGGCUUUUUUCACAAAGCACUUCCUAGAAGACUCAAAUAUGGAAAACAAAAUUGUAGAAAUUUAUCCAUAGGUACAUCAACAACUUCGUUAAUUCAUCCCCCUACAUGUACAGCGUUUGCUUCACCUGCCGAUGUUCCGCAACGUUCCGAUGAGUGGUUCGCCCUCCGUAAGGACAAACUAACAACCAGCACCUUUAGUACCGCGUUAGGGUUUUGGAAAGGUACUCGCCGUGCUGAGCUCUGGCAUGAGAAAGUGUUUGCAUCCGAGUCACAAAUCAUUCAAGCUUCUCAAAGAAACGCAAUGGCGUGGGGAAUGUUGAAUGAGACAGUGGCUGUUGAGAAUUAUAAGAAGAUAACUGGCCGCGAUGUGAGUUCGAUGGGUUUUGCAGUUCAUUCAAAGAAGUCUUAUGAUUGGCUUGGUGCCUCGCCGGACGGUGUUUUGGGUACGGGGAUAUUGGAAGUUAAGUGUCCUUAUAAUAAGGGUAAGCCUGAGACAGGUUUGCCGUGGUCGACGAUGCCGUUUUAUUACAUGCCUCAAGUUCAAGGUCAAAUGGAGAUUAUGGAUUUUGAAUGGGUUGAUUUGUAUUGUUGGACGCCGAAUGGAAGUACUAUAUUUCGUGUCGUCAGGGAACGUGCAUAUUGGGACAUAAUACAUGGGAUUCUUAGAGAGUUUUGGUGGGAAAAUGUGAUUCCGGCGAGGGAAGCUUUGUUGUUGGGUUGUGAAGAACAGGUGGAGUCUUAUAAACCUGCAUCUACUCAUAAACUGACUGGUUUAGCAAUUGCGAAAAGCAUCAAGUUAGCUAGUGAAUCGAAGCUAAUAUGCAGAGAAAUUGCAGGUGAUGUUGAGUUUUAUACCUAA